AAGUGAAAUUCAUUUGACUAUAGAGCCAACGGUAACUAGACAGGUCUUUGCAUGUAGGAAGUUUGACAUGUCAUUUUGGUUUUGGGCACAGCCCAAACGUUUGAUCCAACAAUGAAUUAACAUGACUGCAGUUUCAUAGCGGUGUGAUAGCAGUUCGCUGUAUCUGUCUCCUUAUCUAAGGUGCACUUUUACACAAAUCGGUCACAUGACUAUCUUUAAGCGAUGAAAGAUACUUGUUUCGUUGUUUUGCUACUUCGUGUCUCAAGUGUUGUCUCAGUACAAGCUGAUGAUAAACACAUAGUAGGAGUGAUUGGGGAGCAUGCCAUUCUUCCUUGUGUUUAUAAUGGCUUGGAAAAUUUGACCUCCCUCCACAUCUCAUCUGAAUGGAGAAGAGGAAUGGAAAUAAUUCACACAGCAGUCUGGAUGGAGGGACAAGUGGAGAUGCAAAAUGUGUCCCAAAGUAUCCGGACUACCGUGUCAUCUUUUGCCCCAAACACUGGAGAUUUCUCCAUGGAGUUACAUGAUAUACAUUUAUCAGAUGCAUUCAAUUACAGUUUUAAUCUUAAGCUUCUUGGUCAUAAUAGAAGCUCUCUGGUUUCCACCGUCUGUCUCACCAUAGCAGGUCAUUUCAGCCAUCCUACUCUAUUGAGAGCGAAUGGAGUGGACGGCAAAGAAACCAGAUUAUUUUGCAACUCUCUAGGCGGAUUUCCUGCUCCAUCCAUCUACUGGCUUGUCAACCACACACAGCGUCCUCCAAAAACAUCAGUCACAACAUAUAUGAAUACUUUACCUCAGUCUGAACUCUUCAACAUCACAAGUGUCCUAUCUAUCAACAUCUCAGCAGACACUACCGUAUCCUGUGUCAUAGAAAACAAGCUGCUGAAUGAAACUUUAACAGCAACAAACUUUGGUGUUUUGUCAAGUACUUCGAAGAGACGGCUGUCAGAGUACAUGUGGGUCUUCAGCGCUGCUCUGUGUGUGGUUGUUUUCUUGCUGGUGGCUACCUCUCUGAGAUUCCAGAAGAAAUGGGACCGAGAUCAAAAAAGAAAGCGACACAGAUGUGGAGAUGAUUCGUGUUGCGAGGACACUGACAUGAUCGUGUUCGAUUUGGAGAAAUGGGCUUCCCUUUCUGAGACUGAUGUGUAACAUGGUUUGGAAAGGCAUUCUGGGUUGAUACGACUGACUUAUGUAAUUCUUAUUAAUUG